AUGACAUCCCCGAACGACUACAGUGUCGGAUGGAUCUGUGCGAUCAAGCCCGAAUAUCUGGCUGCACGAUUGUUCCUCGAUGAAGAGUAUACACCUCUGAAAACUCAAAACCCGAACGAUGACAAUGUGUACACGCUUGGUCGUAUGGGAGACCAUAAAAUCGCCAUAGCUUGUUUACCAAAGGGCGCAUACGGCACUGUGAGCGCAGCAAAUGUCGCCAAGGACAUGCUCUGCACUUUCCCCAACAUACGAUUCGGGCUCAUGGUCGGCAUCGGCGGCGGUGCUCCCACGAGCACACACGACAUUCGACUUGGUGAUGUUGUGGUGAGCAUCCCUGAUGGUGCCGACGGCGCUGUGCUGCAAUACGACUUUGGGAAGACGAUCCAGGGAAAGCAAUUCAAAAUGACGGGGCAUCUUGAUCAACCGCCCACACUUUUGUUAUCUGCUGUGCAGACUCUUGAUAUUGAACAUUCCAUACAUGGCCACAGCAUCGAUGACACGAUUACAAAUAUACUUGCCGCCCAUCCUCGCGCGAGGAAGCAGUGCCAGAAGCCGGACCCCGGGUCAGAUCUUCUGUACCGCAGCGACGUCGUCCACACGGACCGGAAGGCGCUCGAAUCUUGCAUGACCGGAUGUGGCAAUGGGUCGGAUGUGAUCACCACGAGGCCGGACAGGCUUGAUCACGAAAAGGGCACCCACAUUCACUAUGGCCUCAUCGCGUCCGGCAAUUCGCUGAUGAAAGACGCCAAGAUACGUGACGCACUAGCCGGGGAAAGAAAUGUCCUCUGCUUCGAGAUGGAGGCAGCUGGGCUGAUGCCAUCUUUCAAGUGCCUGGUCAUCCGAGGGAUAUGUGACUAUUCAGAUUCUCACAAGAACAAAAUCUGGCAAGGUUACGCAGCAAUGACAGCUGCAGCAUAUGCGAAGGAGCUACUUGGAAAGAUCAAACCGCAGCGAGUCGAUGAUGAGAGGAGAGUCUUGCAUGACCUUCAAAAGUCAGUUCAAGAGGUCCGAGAUUCGACCAAUGUCAUAAUCGAAAACACGAAACUAGACAAAAUCCGCCAGUGGCUGUCCCCGUGUGAUCCCUCCACAAACUACAAUCGUGCUCUGUCCUUUCGCUUCCCCGGAACGGGGCAGUGGCUUCUCGACAGCGAAGCAUACCGAAAUUGGCGAACAAACCUGUCUUCUCAUGCUUUUCUUUGGCUUAAUGGAAUGGCUGGUUGUGGCAAAACAGUCAUCAGCUCGACAGUUAUCCAGAGCCUCCUCGAAGAAAAGAAAUUCCUGCUGUAUUUCUUCUUCGACUUCAGCGACAACGCAAAGCAAUCCUUGGAAGACAUGCUACGCUCGCUACUGUACCAACUUUACUGCAUAUCGCCCGGUACCCGUGAGCCGCUCGACAAACUCCUCACUUCCGUCAAAGAAUCACAGCCUGGCGUUGCCCAGAUGAUCUCGACUUUCAGUGCCAUGGUAGGCGCAGCGGAGCAUUUGAGCGUGGUGAUAGAUGCGCUCGAUGAGUGCACCACGAGAAACAAGGUGCUAGCAUGGCUAAAAGACAUAUGCGGGAAGAAUCCGCGCCUGCAACUCAUCACAACCAGCCGCCCAGAGCACGAGAUUGAAUCUUCCAUCCGAGCCUGGGCUUCAUCGAGGGCAAUUGUGGUCCUCGAGGCCGGACUCAUCGACCCAGACAUAUACGCGUUCAUUUAUGACAAGGUAUAUCACGGUGAAGAGCUAAGUCGCUGGCGCAAGAGGCCACUUGUCCAGGAAGGCAUUGUGACCGCACUCCGAGACAAAGCCGACGGGAUGUUUCGCUGGGUCACUUGCCAGCUCGCAAUGCUGGAAGGGUGCUGCGAUUACCAGGAGCUUGAAGCUGCGCUGCAAUCGCUCCCCCCUUCUUUGGAUGAAACCUACACCCGCAUCAUCGAUUCGAUACCUCUAAAUCGCCUGGCCAAGGCAUUGCGCAUCUUGCAAUUCCUCACUUACGCUGAGCGCCCCCUGACAAUCGAAGACCUUGUCGAUGCAAUUGCCGUCUGUCCCACUGAGAAGCCGUGUUUCGAUGAGAAUAAUAGGCUCCCGGUGCCAGACGAGAUUCUUUUGUACUGCUCGAGCCUAGUGAUGGUAGUGAGGGACAUGUCUCACCACGAGGGCUGUGACGGAAGCGACGAAGAAGGUGGAAGAGUACUUCUACUUUCGCAUUAUUCCGUCAAAGAAUGGCUGGUCUCUGGUCGCCUCAGGGAAAGCCUUGCCCGACACUUUUGUGUGCCAAACGCGCACCACCUUAUGGCGUUAGUAUGCAUCACAUACCUGCUGGACCUCCCACUCGGAGAACAGGAGGAGGAUAUUAUGCGCCUUCGCCCUUUUACAUGGUACGCGUCGGCGUCUUGGGAUUUUCACGCUUCGCUAGCGGGUGACGGCGACGGGGUGAUCACAGGAUUGAUCUUGAAGCUGCUGCGUGAGGACUCGGACUCUGACCAACCUUUGUAUUGGAGUCGAUUCGGUGCAACGUCUCCGCUGUGCUUCGCGGCCAAUAAAGGCUCAGGCAAGUGCAGUCCGCUGCAGAGAGCUUGCUCCGCGGGUCACGAGGCGGGUGUACGACUUCUCCUCGACCGAGGUGCGGAUCCCAACGUCUUCGGAGAACAUGCAGACACCGCCUUGGAAGCUUCUUGCACAAGGGGCGAUCAAGCGAUUAUUCAACUUCUUCUGAAGCAUGGUGCUCAAGUCAGCCCCCCCGGAGGAUCGGCGGGCUUUGCCUUGCAUGCUGCUUGCGAAAGGGGCUAUACAGCGAUUCAAGGGAUUGUUCAACUUCUCCUGGACUAUGGUGCUGAUGUCAACCAUGACGGCGGCUCUGCCCUGCAAUUUGCCUGUUUUGAGGUGGACCUCGACCUCGUACAGCUCCUUCUCAAGCGAGGUGCUGAUGUCAACAUGCGCGGCGGACCCUACGGAUGUCCCCUAAAAGCUGCUUAUUCAGGGGGCGAUGAAGCAAUUAUACAAAUGCUUAUAGAUCGGGGGGCAUAUGUCGACGCUGAAACCAAGAGAGUCAAACCAGCGUGGGAGAGGUGUGAAAAGGGCGCGACGAUGCUGAUGCCACCUAAACCAGGGGAAAUUGGUCGGCUCGAUGGGCAAGGUGGACGAGACAAAGGGCAAGAAACCCAUACUUACUACUUGGCACCUUACUAA